CAGCAGUCAGCUUGCAAAGUUAGUCAGGAGUGCAACAGGAAGAAAACUUCGACUCCCUUUUUGUGCAUCACGAUCUAAAAAGAGAGGAAAAGUGGACUAAUCGUUUUUUAAGACGUGUCGUCUUGCUGUUUACAGAAAUGUCAGCCGUUCGGAAGAAGCUGGUGAUUGUGGGAGAUGGAGCUUGUGGGAAAACAUGUCUUCUUAUUGUUUUCUGUAAGGACCAGUUUCCCGAGGUCUAUGUUCCAACAGUGUUUGAGAACUACAUAGCAGACAUCGAAGUUGAUGGAAAACAGGUGGAGCUGGCAUUGUGGGACACUGCAGGGCAAGAGGACUAUGACAGGUUGAGGCCUCUCUCUUACCCCGACACAGAUGUCAUCCUUAUGUGCUAUUCCAUUGACAACCCAGACAGUUUAGAAAAUAUCUCUGAAAAGUGGACCCCUGAGGUGAAACACUUCUGUCCCAACGUUCCAAUCAUCCUUGUAGGGAAUAAGAAAGAUCUGCGGAACGAUGAAAACACACGCAGAGACCUGGCCAAGAUGAAGCAGGAGCCGGUGAAGACAGAAGAUGGAAUGAGCAUGGCCACCAGGAUCAAUGCUUUCUACUUCUUGGAGUGCUCUGCUAAAACAAAAGAAGGCGUGCGGGAAGUGUUUAACAUAGCCACGGCAGCAGCGAUGCAGGUCAAAAAGAACAAAUCAAUGAAAGGCUGCAUGCUGCUGUGAGCCACAUCCAGGCCCAGGAAACCAGGAAAUUAGCUGACCAGUCAAAGUAAAGCAGGACACGUGAAAAGGACUGACCUUUUAUGAAAGUGAUCUUUGUACUGUAUCUCACAUUUAAUUAAAAACCCCCCAAAAAAACAGGCAGGUAGAUGAAUUGAAAACAAGCCUGCAAAUACAGGGAAUGGACAUUACUGUAUGCUACUGCUAUAAUGAUGUACACUACACUUUUUAUUGUUUUUCUUUUCUACUGGGGUGUUCUUUACAAUUGUGGUUUAUUUUGUAUGUAAAUGUAAUUCCUUACAUCCUUUAUCUUCAUAAAGUCUCGUGUUGCCAGUCCAGCUCUGUUUACAUUGGAAAUAUUCUUUGACUGGUAUAGCUGGUGACAAUUUUAAGUUUGUGCAUUGCCAUCUAUAUUCGUUGGGCUUUUAGUGAAAAGAGGACCUGGAUCCUGUUACAAUACCACAACUUUAAAGUUCUAGCUCUGCUGGCCGAUCAUCAAAGAAAAAUGUCUGCCCGUGCUUCUUUGCAUUCUCAGUUUUUAGUCAAUUCACAGUAAACAAAGAUAAGUGGCUUCUAAUAUGAAAGAAAUAAUUUUUGACAAAGUGAGCUUUCCGUUUUAUUCUCACAGACAGUCUGCACUGUGGAUUAAGAUAAGAGGGAGACGUGACCAGCUGAGACGCAAGCCAUUGUGACUCAUUCAUGCACAAUAGCUUCCAGGAGUGACAGGAAGAUGACUUAGUUUAAGGCGAUUGCACAGAGGCAAUGGCCUGAUUGGUUAUUGUAUUUGCUUUAUGCUUCUUCUCGGCAGAGCCAGUUACACCUGCUGCUGGAAUGUCAUCAGUAAACCUGUUGACCCAUAAUUCAUUUGCAUGUCUUAUGUUCCCAGCAGGACAACAUUCCUUACAGGUUCAAGAAGAGCUGAGAUGCGAUUGAAUCGUUUGUUUUAUUCCAGUGCAUUCACAGUUCUUCCCCAGACCAGACAGAGUGGCUGCUUGAGAGCAACCUGAUACUGUCUGAAGAGUAAACUGCUUGACAUGUUUGACAAAGGCUUCUUUCUUUGAUUUACCGACAAUGCUAGGCGAGCACAGUGCUGUUUCUACUCUGUUAAGAACCCAACUUUCUGACAGUACUGCAUUCCUGCCAAACAAUAUGGAUUGGAACCCUAUGAAAAUAUGUGCAGAGGUUUAGUGGCAUUUCAUAUGUUUUGGCUUACUUUGGAAGAUUCUUUAAGCUUUAUGCUGAGAAAUUAAGAAGCAGAGUUCAAGAAAUCAGAAUAAUAAAACAAUUCCUUCAAGCCAGCAGUGGGUGUAUUGGUAAAUCCCCAAUGGCAUGCUGCUGAUGUGUGCAGUAAACCUCCAGGAAAAUCCUAAUUAUAGAGAGAAAUACACAUACCUGGGAAAACCCUUGGCCAGACAGGCAUGAAGGCAUAAAGUGGAAGCAGCUUCUGCUGAAUAUUUUAUCUAUUUUCAGUGCGAGACUUUAAAAUAAAGGAUGAUCUACUACAUAUGAUGUAAUAUAUACACAUUCAAAACAAAGUUCUGUUGUGAAUAUCAAAUUCGAAUCAUUAAACUAUUUUUGAAACAA